CGAGCGGAGCGGGAGCGAUUGGCUGGGGAGCAAUUUCCCGGAGUACAUCUGUGUCAGGCACAGCCAGCUAAAGCAGUCAUGUAUGCGCAGGCUCUGAUCUCUGGGGAGGUUCAUUACAGGGUCUCCUACAAGGGCAUUCUCUGCUUCUGCACAUCAGCAUGGAAGAAGCUCGUCAAGGGAAGAAAAUGCAACCUGGUCAUGAUGAAGAAGCUGUUGUGGAUAUGGGCAAAAUCAGCUCUAUCAAUACAAAUUUUGAGAAGGAAGAGCUAGAGAGCCACAGAGCUGUAUAUAUCGGAGUUCAUGUCCCACUUGGCAAGCCAGGCCGUCGAAGGCAUAGGCAUCGUGGGCAAAGGCACCACAGAAGAAAAAAAGAAAAAGAUAAUGAUAGAGAGGAUGGCCGAGAAUCUCCAUCAUAUGACACACCAUCCCAACGAGUGCAGUUUAUCUUGGGUACUGAAGAUGAUGAUGAACACAUUCCUCAUGAUCUCUUCACUCAAAUGGCUGAACUUUGCUUCAGGGAUGGCGAAGAAUAUGAAUGGAGAGAAACUGCUAGGUGGCUGAAGUUUGAAGAGGCUGUUGAAGAUGGCGGUGAUCGAUGGAGCAAGCCUUAUGUGGCGACUCUGUCUCUGCACAGUCUCUUUGAACUGCGGAGCUGUAUUCUUAAUGGGACCGUCAUGUUGGACAUGAGAGCAAACACACUUGAUGAGAUAGCAGAUAUGGUUUUGGACAACAUGAUUGCCUCUGGCCAGCUGGAUGAAUCCAUAAGAGAGAAAGUGAGAGAGGCUCUUCUAAAGAGGCACCAUCAUCAGAAUGAGAAGAAAUUCAGCAGUCGGAUUCCUCUAGUUCGGUCUUUCGCAGAUAUAGGCAAGAAACAUUCUGACCCUCACUUGCUUGAACGAAAUGGGGAAGGCCUUUCAGCCUCCCGCCACUCUUUACGAACAGGUCUCUCUGCCUCCAAUCUUUCCCUGAGAGGAGACAGCCGUUUGUCGGUUCUUCUCAGUUACCUUCUUCCUUCUUCAAGAGCUGGGACCCCGGCAGCCUCAAGGUGUACAACCCCUGUAACCACCCCUCAAAACACACCACCCUCCAGCCCAACCACAAGUGCCCAGCAAAGCCCGCUUCAGGGCAAGGAAUUGCUGGUGUCACCUGCCAGUGAUGAUAUUCCUUCAGUAGUAAUCCACCCACCUGAGGAGGACUUAGAAGUGCAGGAAAGCCAGGAAAAGAAGACAGAGGAAAAUAUUGGCAAAACACCAGGGCUGUUGGCAUCUCCACAGUCAGCACCUGGAAAUUUGGACACUGGGAAAAGUGGAGAUGUUAAAGCUACUGGAACAGGAGGAAGCAGAGAAAACAGCACUGUUGAUUUUAGUAAGGUUGAUAUGAACUUCAUGAGGAAAAUUCCUUCAGGAGCAGAAGCAUCAAAUGUGUUAGUGGGAGAAGUAGAUUUUUUAGAAAGACCUAUUAUUGCUUUUGUGAGGCUCUCCCCUGCUGUGCUUCUCUCGGGUCUCACAGAGGUUCCAGUUCCUACACGGUUUUUGUUUUUGUUGCUGGGACCAGCAGGAAAAGCUCCACAGUACCAUGAAAUUGGACGAUCAAUAGCAACGCUUAUGACAGAUGACGUUUUCCAUGAUGUUGCCUAUAAAGCAAAAGACCGAAAUGAUUUGUUGUCAGGAAUUGAUGAGUUUUUAGACCAAGUGACAGUCCUGCCUCCGGGGGAGUGGGAUCCAUCUAUACGAAUUGAGCCACCAAAAAGUGUUCCUUCCCAGGAGAAAAGGAAGGCACCUAAAUAUCCAAAUGGAUCUACUCCUACAGGAGAGGGUCUUAAAGAAGAAGGCCAUCAUGCUGGACCUGAACUUCAGAGAACUGGAAGGCUUUUUGGUGGUUUGAUACUUGACAUCAAAAGGAAAGCACCUUUUUUCUUGAGUGACUUCAAGGAUGCAUUAAGCCUGCAGUGCCUGGCCUCGAUUCUUUUCCUAUACUGUGCCUGUAUGUCUCCUGUAAUCACUUUUGGAGGGCUCCUGGGAGAAGCUACACAAGGCAGAAUAAGUGCAAUAGAGUCUCUCUUUGGAGCCUCAUUAACUGGGAUUGCCUAUUCUCUCUUUGCUGGGCAACCUCUUACUAUCUUGGGAAGCACAGGACCAGUUCUAGUAUUUGAAAAAAUAUUAUUUAAAUUUUGCAGGGAUUAUGGUCUUUCCUACCUCUCCCUGCGAGCUAGCAUUGGUCUGUGGACUGCAUUUCUGUGCAUCAUGCUUGUAGCCACAGAUGCCAGCAGCCUCGUGUGCUACAUCACUCGAUUUACUGAGGAAGCUUUUGCAGCACUUAUAUGCAUCAUAUUUAUUUACGAGGCAUUGGAAAAGCUUAUCCAUUUGGGAGAAGUGUAUCCCUUCAACAUGCGCAAUGAUUUGAAUAAACUGACUUCAUAUUCAUGUGUGUGUUCUGAGCCUGAGAAACCAAGCAAUGAAACAUUGCGUUUGUGGAGGACUAUGAAUAAGUCUCGUGAAGAUAUAGCAUGGAAUAAUCUUACAGUUUCUGAAUGUUUAGAAUAUCAUGGUGUGUUUCAUGGAUCAGCUUGUGGCCAUCACGGACCAUAUAUUCCAGAUGUUCUUUUCUGGUCUGUCAUACUAUUUUUUGCAACAUUUUUCCUCUCCUCUUUCCUUAAGAAAUUCAAGACCAAACGCUAUUUCCCAACUAAGGUGCGUUCCACCAUCAGCGACUUUGCAGUAUUUCUGACCAUAGUAAUCAUGGUUGUGAUUGACUAUCUUAUAGGAGUACCUUCUCCUAAGCUUCAUGUUCCAGAGAAGUUUGAACCCACCCGAAAAGAUCGAGGAUGGUUCAUAAAUCCUCUUGGAAGCAAUCCCUGGUGGACACUCUUGGUUGCUGCUGUUCCUGCUUUACUCUGUACCAUUCUCAUUUUCAUGGAUCAACAAAUAACAGCUGUUAUUAUAAACAGGAAAGAGCAUAAACUGAAGAAAGGCUGUGGUUAUCAUCUUGAUCUGCUCAUGGUUGGUAUUAUGUUGGGAAUAUGUUCUAUCAUGGGCUUACCGUGGUUUGUUGCUGCAACUGUCCUGUCUAUAAGUCAUGUUAACAGCCUGAAAGUUGAAUCUGAAUGCUCAGCACCAGGAGAACAACCAAAGUUUUUGGGAAUCCGGGAGCAGCGAGUGACAGGAUUGAUGAUUUUUGUGCUGAUGGGGACGUCAGUGUUCAUGACCUCUGUGUUAAAGUUUAUUCCAAUGCCAGUUUUGUAUGGUGUCUUUCUUUACAUGGGAGUAUCAUCUUUAAAAGGCAUUCAGUUUUUUGACCGUCUAAAACUGUUUGGAAUGCCUGCCAAACAUCAGCCUGACCUGAUUUAUCUGCGUUAUGUGCCACUCUGGAAGGUCCAUAUCUUUACAGUUGUUCAGCUCACUUGUCUAGUUCUGUUGUGGGUGAUCAAAGCCUCUGCAGCUGCUGUUGUUUUCCCUAUGAUGGUUCUAGCAUUAGUGUUCAUUCGUAAGCUUAUGGAUUUGUGUUUCACCAAAAAAGAGCUUAGCUGGCUUGAUGAUCUUAUGCCAGAAAGUAAAAAGAAGACAGAAGAUGAUGAAAAGAUAAAAGAGAAAGAAGAAGCAGAGAGAAUGUUUUCAGACCAUGACAGUGUACACCUUGCAUAUGGAGAAGCAAGUAUAGAUUUUCCUGUAAAAAGCCUGAAAUACAGCACUGAUCCCUCAGUUGUAAACAUAUCAGACGAAAUGGCCAAAACUGCACAGUGGAAGGCUCUUGCCAUGAGUACUGAGAAUGCCAAAGUAACAAGAGCUAACCUGAGCCCUGAAAAACCAGAAAGUGUGAAAAUAGAAGUGGAAAAGUCACCUGUUGUGAGAUAUGUGGAUGCUGAAACAUCUUUAUAGAACGGAACCAAUGGGAAUUGCGUGUAUUUGUGUGUGUAUAUAUAUCGCUGUAGGAUAUUAUACCAUGGAAGUGUGAUUUCCAGUUUAAGGAGCAACAUAUAUUUAAUUUCUGCCAUUUUUUUGGGCACUGUAGAUAUGCUUGCAUAAUGCAAAGAUUUUCCCAGCAAAUAAGAUAAGUGGUAAUCACACUUCAGCUAUUUAUUUUAUUGGAAAUUUUAUUUUCAUUUUUAAAUAGGAAGACUGUAAUGAAUACUUAUUAUUUUCCAUAAUCAAUACGUGCAUAAAAGUUACAUCGGCUUUUGCUGAUGAUUACUGGUCCACAUUGCUUAAAAUUUUGCAAUACCUCUGUUAGAAUGUGCGCCACAGAAGUUUUAUUUUCCAUGCAGGCAAUUAGUGCUUGUUUUUGCAGGGUAUACUUUUUUUUGUGGUUUCAUAGAACAAAUGUUAAUGUGCUGUUGACAAGAACUACUGUGUUUUAUGUCUCCACUCCAUGCUAGUGUUUUCUGGAUUCUGUCUCUCCUACUCUACAGGUGUGGCCUAGAGCCCUAAGUCAGGUGGUUAGUUAAGCCUUAAAAUGUAUCUAAAUACCCUGGUGUGCUGCUUUCUUUGGUUUUUUGAAUUCUUUUGAGUUUUCAUUAUUGUCCAGUAGCAGUAUGAGUACAGUAAUGGCAGUUACAGUCCCAAGUCAGUAUUUGCCAUUCUGGACACUCCAUGUUUACACAAUAUGAAUUGGAUUUACAGGCAGCAAUUGGUCUAUAGGAAAUUAUAAAUACUUACCACGUCAGUACUCUUGAAUUCUUUUCUUCCUGUUUUUGCUUACAUUUUUUCCCAUAGAUUUUCAGUGUCUAAUUUACUCAGCUUUAAGAUUUUGGAGUAUUUAAUAUCUUCAUCAAAUAUAUUUCUUGGUUAAUAAAUUUUUUAAUUUACUGUGUAUUUGAUUAAAUUAGUUGUAGCUCAGUUCUGGAAUAGGUUUAUGAUCAGUAUUAUUUUAUGGAUUACUAAUUGCUUGUGGUAUUUGUAUGUACAGUUCUGAUCCUCUCCAUUGUAAAGGGCAUAUAUGGUAGCACACCAACUUAUUUUUAAACACAUUAUUUAUUUUAAUUAGUAUAAAUUUCUAUCAUGUAAGAUGAAUUGAAAAAAAUAAAUAUUCAUUUAUUAAAGUAAAUGGGAUUUUUUGGGGACUCCACUGAUAAAGAUGCAGUCAGUGCUUUUAUUGUACUUACAUUUUCAAGUUCUAGUGUUUAGCAUUAUAAUAUUUGAAAUAAUGAGAAUUUUAUAUAUAAAUGAAAAUCUUGAUGACUUACCUGCGCAGUUUCCAUUCUUAAUAUUUUUUUUUGCCUUAUGCCUUAGUUUUUUUGGCUUUAAUUUCCACGAUUAUCUCUUUACAUGCUGAAUUGCCACUAGCCCUUUCUGGAUGCAUUACAAUGGCUUUAAUUAGAAUAUGUGCUCAUUUAUUAUUAGAAGAUGCUGUUUGCAUAAUGCUGCUUUUAGCAGAGCUGGGAGUUUUACCAUGGACCAAGUGAUAAAAUUCUCAACAAUUGCAAACGGAGCUGAUUCUGGAGGAGGGCAGACUUUAUCUGAAAAUACCACUUGAGGUGGAAUUUUGGUGCUCUUCAGCCAAGUGUCACCUGUAGAGAAGGCAACUGUAUAUUACAAAAAUAAGGCAAUCAGUGGGAAUAAUAGAAACAUUUAAAAAUAGUAUUUACAUUACAUGGACUGUUACUGUUCCCUUUAAAUGUAAUGCAAUUAUUUAGCAUUUUUUUCUUUCCUUUUUUCAUUUAACUGAAUUCUGAGAAGGCAGUUUAAAGAAAGGAAAUCGUAGUGUACAGCAAUAUGAAUAAUGGUAUCCAAACAGUCAUAACAGGCUCAGGUCGGGGGCAAAGCAAGAGAGUUCUGCAUUACCAGUUUGAGCAAUACUGGGUAAUGACCUGCAUUCUUAGAUAGUAGUGUAGCUCGUGCCUUAGUUUGACUUUGUGCUCUUUCAGAAAGUAACCCAUGGUUUCCCUCUGAUCAAACUGAGAUAACAAUGAAACUACAGCAGAUGGUUUCUCAAAACUUUGUACAUUAUUUUAAAAAAACCCAAACACCCAUCUGCAUGUCAGUAGUUGACAACUAAGUACCUCUUGCUCUGAAUCGAGGAGGGAAGGGAUAUUUUGAGGGUUUUAUGUAGCAUUAUCCACAAUACAGUACUUCUGUCCUCUCAGUUGUAUUUUUAGCUUCCUGUUCACUGUCCUGCAACAGUUUCCAAAGACCCAAAAAAUUACUAGAAGCCUCUUGGAUUUCUAACUCUUUAAUGCUGGAAAUCAGGGUUCCAUGGUGCUGCACACUUUGUAUUUGGCUUCUACUUCAGAAGUUUUGGUCAUUAUUACAGGAAGUGGAUACAUUUUGAGUAACGUUGAAAGGAAACAAAACCAAAGCCCCACAAGUCUAAUCACAGUAUUUAUUUAAUUGUGUAGAUAUUUUAAUCAGUGCCAGAAAUACCAUGAGUUGGCAAACCAGUUUACAGUGACCUUUAGUUCCAGUGUUCUUGGGCAAUGCACUUCCUUCCCAUAUGAACAGCAGAAGAUCUGGUAUUAAGUGCAUAAAUCCCUGUUGCUAAUAUAUGGUUAAGUGAUUCAGUGGUCAUUUUACACCUUCUCUGCUUUAAAGUCACACAUAGUAUUACAAUAUGACAGCUAAGGAUGUAGUUUAUUGUAUGUAGAUGUAUGUUUUGCCUUAAUGGAUGCAAAAGAGCAGUGACAAUUGCUGUGCACUGAUUUUUAUGGUUUUUUUUCAUAGGGCUUAAGCCCUGUAAAAACUACGCCAAUGGAUUUCCAUUCCAAUAGCUAGAGGAAAAUAAAAAACCCUGCACUUUUUAUAGAUGCCUUGGUUUCCUGGAAUGGAGCUUAGUGCUACUGUGUACCUGGCUGCAGAGCCACCUCAGGAAGUCCCUCUUUUUUUUUUUUUUUCUUUUUCCUUUUUCCUUUUUUUUUCUAAUUUAUUUAUAAAUAUUAAUGUUUACAUGAAAUGUAGGUCUUAAUUUUGACCACUCCAUUUAAAUUAUCAUCUAAAAUGUAUCACUUAAAAUGCAGUUUUGUGUUUAAAUUAUAUUCUAGAAAACUCAUUUUCAUAUGUAUUACAGUCACACAUUUUUCAUUCUGUUUACAUAUGCCCGAGUUAACAACAAUUUCCUCCUAGGUUAACUUUGCAGCUAUAACAUAAUAUUUUAUAUAAUUGUUCCAUGAAAUGUUCCAAAUUGCCAAGUUGUCAUCAUAAAACCCAUCAGGGUAGAACUUGGUGCCCUAAUGGCUUUGGGAUCUUUUUCAACCUAGUAUCUUGGCCAUUUUUUCUU